GCGCUGCACCUUCGGAUGGACUCCUUUGCUUUACGACGACCGGACGAUCGAUUUAUUAGGGAUCGCUCCAUCGCGGCCACUGCCAUUAUUGGUUCCAAGGAAGGCUUUAAUCGCCUUUUCAUGCUGCGCCCCCACAGACACGAGCGAGCGCAGGGUCAAAGCUCAAAACCCCGCCUCCCUAUAUAUACGCCCUCCUCCGCCCGCUCACCUCUCGCUCGCUACCACCCCUUCCCUCUCCUCCACGAAGCCAGCCAGCACCGCCGGCCCAUGCGUAUGGGAGGACCUCCCGCGGCGCCGAGGCAGGAGGAGGACGCUGCGGUGGCGGAGCUGGAGGUGCGCGCGCAGCUGCUGGCCGGCGGCGGGGCGUACAACAUCAACGACAACGCCGACAUCCUCUCGGAGAUCCUGGCGCGCCUGGACGGCCGCUCGCUCGCGUCGGCGGCCAGCGUCUGCCGCCUCUGGGCCGCCGUGUCGCGCCGGGACGCCGUCUGGGAGGCGCUCUGCCUCCGCCACGUGGGCCCGGCGGCCGGCCCCGCGGCCGGCCACGCCACCCGCACCGUCGUGGCCGCGCUCGGCGGGUACCGCCGGCUCUACCGCCUCUGCCUCGGCCCGGCGCUGGACCGGCUGGGCCGCGCCCACGCGCAGGCCAGGGCGCGCCUGUCGCUAUCCCUCUCGCUGUCGCUCUUCUCCAUCGACUGCUACGAGCGGCUAGGGGGCGGGGGCGCCGGCGCCGGCGCCUCAAGGCAGCAGCCGCCGUCGUCGCUGCUCUUCCUGUGCAAGCCCGUGGACGUGUCCUGAUCAAUGGGCGCGCGCACGGCAUGACACCACCCCGGCUCCACGAUCCAUCCUUUACUGCCGGCCGUACACUCCUCCCGACGCACGACGCGGUUGACAUAGCCGCGGUUGAAGUAGCAUGGACCAAUAAGGGUUAAUUAAUUAAUUUAUCACGCAUUUGUAGCUGUACCGGAGGGCCAUUGAAAAUGGAAAUAAACGAAUCAUUCUUUCUUUUCUUUA